GCAGUCUCUUCCUUCGUGACCAACCCCGACGUUCUCUUGACACUCUCUUCGACUUCAUAAACAUAGCACAAACGUAAUGGCAGAUCCUACAAAAGCAGAGACUGAACAAGUCUUCAAAGUAUUGAAAUCGCAGAAAGCAAACAAGAUGUGUUUCGAUUGUCAUGCUCGUAAUCCGACAUGGUCGAGUGUUACUUUCGGUCUUUACAUUUGCUUGGAUUGCUCCAGCGUGCAUCGGAAUAUGGGCGUACAUAUCAGUUUUGUUCGAUCCACCAAUCUCGACAGUUGGCAGCUGAACCAGCUAAGAACUAUGAAGGUCGGAGGGAACGCAUCUGCCACUGAAUUCUUCACCAAGCACGGUGGGGCCACACUACUUAGCGACUCUGACACGAAGAAGAAAUAUACCAGUCGUAUAGCCGAACUAUACAAGGAAGAGCUUGCUCGAAGAGUGAAGGAAGAUGCAGCAAAGUAUCCUACACGUAUAUUCGUUGAGGGCGCUUCUGAAGUUACGUCCGCACCUGCAACCACGAACGGAGAGGAUGAUUUCUUCUCUUCUUGGGACAAACCGUCUCCUAAACCUGCGUCCUCCCCCGCGUCUACCCCCACUACACCUCCUGUCAUUGGUCGCUCGGCAUCCGUGGCCGCUGCUCCACGAACGAUCAGUUCAUCGUCCCUUCGAUCGGCAUCCUCAGUUGGAUCUGCAUCUCGUCCUGCGUCCAAGCUUGGUGCUUCAAGGUUGAAUUCGUCCAGUACCAGCACCGCUACAGGCGCCACGUCAACAUCAACCUCCAGUGCUCCAAAGAAGUCAAAACUUGGUGGACUCGGAGCGAAGAAAGCUGCUGCACCUAUAGAUUUUGCUGAGGCAGAACGGAAAGCUGCUGAGGAAGCUGAGCGAAUCAAGCAACUUGGAUAUGAUCGCGAGAAGGAGAAGGUUGAAGAAGAGGAGCGUCUGAGGAAGGAGGCGGAAAGUUUGAAGUCAGCUCCUGCCUUGAAGAGUCCUGCUCUUGCGAAAUCUCCUACGAGUCCUGCGAUCGCAACGCCGAAAGGUAGCGCGCAAGAUAUGGAGCGGCUUGGAAUGGGCUUCAAGAGACUUGGUUUUGGUGGCGUUCCUGCCGCUGCGGCUUCCACAUCCAGCUCGUCUCCUGCAGAGGAUGCACCUACUUUCGCUCGCGAGAAGUUCGGCAACCAAAGAGCCAUAUCGUCUGAUAUGUACUUUGGCCGAAACUCAUAUGACCCUGUAGCAGUUACCGAGGCGCAGACUCGUCUUCAAUCGUUCCAAGGUGCACAGUCUAUCUCAUCCAAUCAAUAUUUCGGACGUGAUGAGGAGGAGGAACUUGGUGGCGGAAUGGGCGGAGGGCACGAUGGCGGCGUCUUGGGUGAUGGAACACUUGGAGGAUUGGAGAUGGCUGCAAAGGACGCUAUUUCGCGUGUGCUUGCGAAUCCAGAUGUGCAAAACGUGGGUGAGAGCAUUCGUACGGGUGCCCUGAAGCUUUCGGAUUACUUGGCUCAGAUGUCCGAACGAUGAUGUCCUCCCUCCUUCGUAUUUAUUUGUAUUCAGGAUACAGCGGAAUUAUCAGGUGAUUUUCAUUUUUAAGUUAUGACGACUGAAUGGAUUGGCCUUGGGGAAACUAAGCAACCUGUGGAGAAGCAAAUCAAACUCUCUUGUGGAAUUGCUGACUUCUCUAUGUCGCAUGGCGUUCACAUGCUCUCACAACAAACUUCAAGAAGACGGUCAACGCCUGAAGUAAACCAUGAGGAAGUGGUUCGGACAGUAAGACUUGCACUCUAUCUUUGUAUUGACCUCGGGUUCAUAUAGGAUGCCUCGCUGAAUGUUCGUGCAAGUCGUUCAGCUCCUCUUAUCACAGAAAUAAACCCAGACACUCUUCAAUCCAACAUCGCCCCUCCCAGCUCGUUUCGCCAUCGAUUGU